AGCCAAGCCGCAGCCAGAUCCAGAAGUGAUGGGUGCAAAGGGACGGAUGGCCUGCGCUUGCAGCCCCCCAGUUUCUCCAGCCUCUGCCCAUGUAACACCAUGUGGCAGUCCAUGCGCCCCCCAUACCUGCCCAUCUCACGGACCGAUGGGCAGCAAUCACCACGAUCCAAGGGCCUAACCCGUCACGCACCGGUGCCCUACUGGAGGACGCCCCGAUGCCGACCCGGCAGCAUCAAGUCCCACUUCGCCGGCAGCCAUGUUUCCCCACUCACGGCCGCUGACGACGUCCCCGUUUCCACUUAGUACAGCUCGGCUCUCUCCCUCUCCUCGUUUCUUCUCUUCUUCUCUCCCCGUUUGUGUUCCUCUACACUCUGUACGAUGCACUCGAUACAUUGUGCACGAUGCUUUUGUGUUGCCCAAUGAGGGAUGGGCCAACUGGAGGUUCUCAAUGCUGUCUGGGACCAACCAUGGCCACACCAACACCCGACACCAACACCACCAAAGCCGACUGAGCGAGAUAGACAUUAACAUUGCAUGUGGCGACGGUGACGCCCGUUAUUUAACAAAAAGAAUUAUUACCCAGAUCAUGGGGGGGCUCAUGUGGAUGAGUAUAUCUCUAAUAUCACGGCGUUGCCUUUUCGUCCGCAGGGUGAAUAACGGACAGCUCCCGACCCUUUUUUUCCCAGUCUAUUUUCCCUCUCUUGUCCUCAAAAAAAAAACCCAAUUCAUUAUCCGAGAAACCCAAAAUUAUAUCAACAGUCGAAAAGAGAUUGCCGCAGUUGCCAAGAAGCGCCGGGUUCUUCAAGCUCGAUGAGUAUCGAAAGCUUGGCCCGAUCGACGUAUUACUAUUAAAGACCGACACCUAGACAGAGACGCCGUCAGCAAAUAUUCAGGAUCAACGCCGUACAGGGAGAGGAGUUAUUACCUGACUGGUACAGCGUGUCGCGAAGUAAAACAUAGGGAAAGCAAUUAAAAAAGAACGUGGCCGGCCCAAGAACAAAAGCCAUUAUUUGGGCUUUGGUGGCUGAGGAGAGUUGGGCUUGACGAUGCCAGUGGUGUCAUAUGGUCCACGCAUUUUGAUUUGUGAAGAGAAGAAGAAGAAGAGAAGAGAAGAGAAGAAGACGGUGUUGUUGCUGGUAGCAGCGAGGCGAGAGAAAAGAAAGACUGAAUAGAGACGGCCGGAAGCUCGGAAAACGGAAGGAGAGGUCAGAUUAUGAACGAUUGCUGGAUAGCACCGUUUUUGUUUUGUUGGAUGAAG